CACCAUGAAGUGGGGCAGCCUCUUGGUGCUGGCGGGGCUCCUCGCCCUCUGGGCCGGGCUGCAGCCCACGUCUGGGAAGCUUGUUCCAGACAUCUGCAGGCUCCCCCCAGAGCAAGGCCACUGUGCACGGUACCUCAAACGCUACUACUACAACUGGGUCACCAGGACCUGCCAACAGUUCAUUUAUGGCGGCUGCCAGGGCAAUGCUAACAACUUUAAGACCCGCCGGGAGUGCGAGAACAGGUGCAAGGUGGGCGGCAAGGGGCUGAGCCUGCCAGGGCCGGACGCUGCGAGCGGCAUGGCGGCACCGGGGCGAUGGCCGGACGUGCAGGGAAGGGUGAAGCUGGGGCAGCCCCGAGAGUGACCCCAUGGACAGCGGGGCCUGCGGGUCCUGGACCCUCCCACGGACCCGUCCUGGCUCCACACACCGAUGGGGCACGUGACCCCAGCACCAGCAACCUGCUUCCCGCACCGCCCUCCCCACACGAUCGCAGCUCCUUCCUGCAGCAAUAAAGACCCCGCUUUGCGGCUUCCUGCAACCUC